AUGCUUAAGGUGCUGAAGAAACAAGCCCCGAUGCCAAGAACCCCGGGGCGGAAAGCACUCUUGAACACUUCCAAACGCAGCGAAAUCUCGGAGGUCGUUGACAUCGAACUAUCACGCGAUGAGGACUCGGUGACUUCACUAGCUGCUGCACAGGCUAGCGACGAUUCGAUCAUUGCUCUGGCUGGCAUCAACAGCUCGGUGGCCGAGCAGAAGCGAAAUAACAACCAACACCUGAGAUCGUUCCAGAUCGACUACCCCCCAAGGAAAGCAGUGACGGCGAGCGCAUCCGAGAAAGAAGCAGAGCUACCCAAGGACAAGCCAAAGUCUACUACGCCUGGGAAGACGACGCCUUUGGCGCGUGUUUCGUUGUUUCGCACCAAAGAGACCAAGGCCCGUGCCGACACAUACCAGCGAAUCUUGCGACUAUCCCCAUGGAAGGGCGCCGACAAACCACGAGUGGGCGCGAUCGCGACCGGACUAGCUGCUUCGGGAGAAAUUGUUUUUUUCGAUGUCACUCCUACUCCGACCGAGUCCGAUGUUAUUGGGAGAAUCCGUCUGAACAGUGACGAGGAGGCUGAGGAUGUGGACAUCAUCGAUCUCGAAGGUGCGAAAUACAGAGUGGCAUAUACAACCGGGUCGGAUGUCUUUGUAUGUGACAUUUCGUCGCAAACUCGGUCCAAUGCCUCGCCGGAGGUCAAAUGCGUAUACCGCAUACCCCUGCCUGAUAAAGGCCCCCGGGCAAGAUUCAAAUUCCGAGCGCUGCGCUUCCUUACACCUACCACCGUGCUUCUGCUCCAAAAUGCGCCGAAUCGCAACGGCUGUGAGCUCGUUACUCUAGACAUACACCAGACUGCCUCGAAAGACAAGCCUCUUGGGACCAUUGUCCGGCGCAAGAAGCUGCGCAAGACCAUCAAAAUUGGACUGGGCUUAGACGUCUGUGGCCUAGGAACAAACCCGGACGGCCAGGAGCAGACUAUCAUCGCGGUCUCCGGGAGCGACCAAUCCAUCGAAAUCCUGACCGUCGAAUACAACCCGCGACGCGGCCAUGACAAGCUCCGGCCAUACACCAGCCUCCGCGAGGUCCACCCAUUCUCCAUGACCAAAAUUUGUUUCUCCCAUUUCCAGCCCCCAGCGCACCCCGUCACGCCUGAGACCCCGCCGCAGUACAUCAAGCUGGCAUCCAUCAGCAUGGGCAACACCGUCGUCGUGCACACGUUCCCGCUCGCGCCCGCGCCCCCGUCCAGCCGCACCCCGCGCUACGUCCUCGUCAUGCCCGGCGAGUCCGAGGUCUGGACCAACUUCGCCAGCGGCUUCGCCGCGCUCCUCUCCAUCCUCACCGUCUGCCUCCUCCUCCAGGCCUUCACCGAGAUCCGCGGCCUCAUGCCCCCCUACCUCGGCGCCACAGAGUGGCUGCCUCCGGAUAUCCGCACCGCCAUCGCCCGCCCCUACCACGCUCUCCCGCCUCACCCGCUCCCGUCGGGCCCUGUGCUUCCUGCUGUGAGGGAACAGCCUCCCCGCUCCCUGCGCGACAUCCUCCACGCACACCGCGCCGCCGAGGCCAACACCGACGACGACACCGACGCGAGUGCAAAGACCCCCGUCUCCUCCGUCCUUAUCCAGUGCAGACCAGACUCGAACGAUAUCUUCAUCGAGACCCCGGGCUCCGAAUCCUCUCUCUCCGGCAUGUCGUCCGCCGACGAGCGCGAAAAGCAGCAACCGCAGUCCCCGCCUCGCUCCUGGGAUGACCUCGACGAGGCGGAGAGGUCGCUGUGGAAGCAGCGCCUGACCGACGCCGGGUACUGGGCCCUUGAAGAAGGCGAGACCAUCCUGAAGGGGGUGGUUUUCGGGGAGUGUUCGGCGUUUCUGGGGAACCAGGUGCAGGCUGGACUGCUUUCUUAG